AUGUGGCAGCUGCUACCACCAGCAGCUUGGCUGCUUCUAGUUUCAGCUGACAUACGAGCUGCAGAUCUCUCAAAGGCUGUGGUGCACCUAGACCCUGAGUGGGACCGAGUGCUCAAGAACGACCGUGUGACUCUGAAGUGCCAGGGAACCUACCCUGUUGAAGACAAUUCCACAAAGUGGUGGCACAAUGGGACUCUCACCUCAAAACAGACCUCCAGCUACCUCAUCGCAGAUGCCCAGGUUGAGGACAGCGGCGAGUACAACUGUCAGACAGGCCUCUCUGCACCCAGUGACCCGGUGAAGCUAGAAGUCCAUGAGGGCUGGCUAUUGCUCCAGACCCCUCAACGGGUGGUAAAUGCGGGAGAGCCCAUUCAGCUGAAGUGUCACAGCUGGAAGAAAAUUCCUGUAGUAAAGGUCCAGUAUUUCCAUAAUGGCAGAGGCAAGAAGUAUUUUCAUCACAAUUCUGACUUCCGCAUUCCAAAAGCACAACUUGAACACAGUGGUUCCUACUUCUGCAGGGGGAUUAUCGGGACAAAAAACGAGUCUUCGGAGUCUGUGCAGAUCACUGUUGUUCAAGAUCUAGAAUCUUUACAAACCGUCUCAUCAUUCUUUCCACCUUGGCACCAAAUCGCUUUCUGUCUGGUGAUGGGCCUCCUAUUUGCAGUGGACACGGGGCUGUAUUUUUCUGUUCAGAGAAACCUUCGAAGCUCAGAGGAAUGGAGGGAUGGCAAAGUCACAUGGAGCAAGGGCCCUUAG